UAAUGGAUUCCGAAGAAGAUCCACCGGUAAAAUUAACCAUAAAUUCAGAAUUUGCUAAAAAAUAUGAGGAGAGAAAAAGAGGCGAAGAACUUUCAAAACUCAAAGAAAAGUAUGGUGAUGUCGCCAACUUCGAUUCCGAUGAGGCUGAUGAAUCUUCAACUUCUGAAGAAGAGGACGAGUUUGGAGAAUUAGUUACUCCAGAGGUAGAUGCGCAAAUUAUGAAGACGAUUAUUGCGAUAAAAUCAAAAGAUCCAAAAGUCUAUGACUUUCAAUCAAAUUUUUUUGCAGAAGAAGAAAUACAAAAAGCACGUGAGCAAUGGUUGGAUAAACAACGAGAAAAAAAGUUAGAAGCAAAACCUAUGAAUUUAAAGGAUUACAAUCGCAACAUAUUAUUAGAAAAUGGUGGUAUAAUAGAUAAUUCUAAAAUCAAGGGGAAUAUUGAAUUAGCACCUGUACAAGAAGAGCAAAAGUUGAAAGAAGAAUUUAAGGCGGCUACUUCUAAAUUCGAUUUUUCUGAUAAUGAUGACGAUUUUUUGGUUCAACGACAUAAAUCGGCUGAAGAAUUGAAAGCCGAAGAAGAUGAUUAUCAAAAGUUUUUACUAGAAAGUAUGGCGGAUGCUAAUGAUGCGGAAACUCUUAAACAAUGGCAAAAUUAUAAAAACAAUCCAAAUGUAAAUGAGGAUGAAGCCUUUUUAAUGAAUUUUAUCCUUAAUCGUGGUUGGAUUGACAAAGAAUCUGAUAAAAUUCCGUCGUAUGAAGAACUUAUUGCAGAACAUCACGAUGAGGAAGAUAGAAAAUUUGAGGAAGCUGUCGACCAGUUCGAGAGCAAAUAUAAUUUCCGUUUCGAGGAAGAUGGGAGUACUAAAGUAAUUACAUAUUCUCGUAACCUUGAAGGAUUAAUGCGAAGAACUGAUAAUACGCGUAAACUUAAACGUCAAACGCGUUCAGAUCGAAAAGAAGAAGAGAAAAAACGUAAGAUAGAAGAAUUAAAGAGACUCAAGAAUCUCAAGAAGAAGGAGAUUUUUGAAAAAUUACGAAAAAUAAAAGAAAUAACAGGCAAUGAUACUGUUGGUUUUGAUGAUGUUGAUCUUGAAGAAGAUUUCGAUCCUAAUAAAUAUGAUAAAAAAAUGCGUAAAAUAUUUGAUGAUGAUUAUUAUGCGGGAGAGGCUGAUAAUGAAAAGCCAGAAUGGAAUGAUGAUAUCUGCAUAGGUGAUAUCAUAGAUAGCAAUAGCAACGAUCAAAAUAUUAAUUCUAUAAUAAAUGUUGUUAAAGAAUAUAAUAAAUAUGAUGGUGACGAUCAAGAAUCUGAAGGCGUUAUUGGAGACGAUUUUAAUAUGGAUGCAGAUUAUUUGCCAGGUGGAAAGAAAUAUGACGAGACCAAAUCCCAAAAAAAGAAGAAAGCUAAAAAGAAAUUUGAUGAAUAUCUGGAUGAAUAUUAUCAAUUGGAUUAUGAAGAUAUUAUUGGUGAUACUCCCGUAAGAUUCAAAUAUAGACAAACUAAACCGGUUUCAUUUGGUUUAACCGCCGCCGAAAUAUUAUUAGCGGACGAAAAAGAUUUAAAUGAAUUUGUAUCACUAAAAAAAUUAGCACCAUAUCGACCUGAGCCUGUUGUGGAGAAUGAUCUAAAAAAAUAUUCUAAAAAGAAAAGAUUAAGGCAGUUUCGUAAAAAACUUGACCUUUCAGAAAAAAGUCCUCCAAAAUACAAAUCAAAAAAUUCAAAAUCAAUUAAACGUAAAGUUAAUGAAGAAAAAGGAAAACAAUUGAUUGGAAUACAACAAAAUAAGAGUAAAAAGGGUUAAAAUACAUGAUAACGAUAGUAAUAUAAAAAAGAAUAAGAAAAAAAAUGGGUAAAGAAUAAAACAUUACAUAUUAAUCCAAAAGAUCUAAAGAACAUAAUUAUCCUACUUUUAAUAUUAUUAUUAAAUUUGAUUGCAUAUCGAAUAAAAUUCAACUUUUUUAUUAAUGCCUCAAUCUGUAAAUGUUAGACAGUAUUCAUACCUCAACGCUCAAGAAAUCACAACAGAUCAUGACUCUCUUACGAAUAAGGAUGAAUACAUGAAAUAACCGGCUAUGAAUUCACUUUAGAAGUUUGGCGGGAAACUCCUAUAAACAACCGCAGUUUCAUCAUAAUUACCAAAAUCAUUGAAUAUAGUUACGAUGAACAAGUUUAUGAGAAUGA